AUGCAAGAUAAGAAAGAACUCAAUAAGAACCAUAAGCUUUUCCAGAGGAACUCAAAAGAAUCUGAGGACAAUCUUAGUCCACAGGGUACAAAUAGACCUUUGUCCAGGAGGGAUAGACGAAGCGAACUUGAUAGAGAAGAUAACACUAUUGGGACUUCCCAAGGUGUAGACAACAGACCACGAACUUCUUCUGUUGUCUCAAGACCCUCACAAAAAGACAAGAAGGACACUGUAAAAAUGAUUUGCUCCAGCGGAACUAUCCCCAAGGGAGGAUUUGAGCACUACAAAAAUAGCAUCAAAAUUUUCAAAGCUGCAAAUGACACCCAGCAAGAAAUAUUUGAAAUAGAAAGGCAGGGAAAGCUCAAGGCAUCCAACCGAGAUCUGGUUCUCCCAGGCUCAGCUUGCUGUAGCAGAAAAUAAAGAAAAACAUUGCAAAUUUGAAAACCCCAAAAUCAGCCUAAAAAAGGCAGCUAAGCUACUAGCAAAGGGUUGUGAAAUCCCUGAAAAAUUUGAGAGUAGGAAGCAACUCCUGGAUUUACAGAGAGAAAAAUUGCAGAAUAAAUUCUCUAAAGUAAAAUUCUUCACAGAGGAAGAUAAGAAAGUUACACAAGAUGAUAAGAAAUCUACGGAAUCGAUCAAGAGAAAUAUCACACUGCGCAAGAAGGUCAUGAGGAAGAAAAGUAGCUCGAACCUGGUCUUCAAGAAUACUGGAAGUCCACAAGGAAAUCCAAGCUUUGGAGAUACAUUGAAGUUUAACAAUUUACCUGAUUUCCCAGUUUCGCCAUUCGGAGAUGAAUUUCCGGUGAACUCAAAUUUCAAAUUUUCAACAUUACUCCCAGGCAAAUCAGAGGGAUUAUUCAAGUCAAAGGAGAGUGAAAAAGAACAAAAGGCAGUUCCAGUUUUUCCUAUAAUUGAGCAAUCCAAAGACCAGAGUCCAUCAAAAUUCCUAAAUCUUGCAGGUAACAACAACUUAUCGCCAAGACGAAUAAGUUUUGUAGACAAGAAAGCUGUGAUUGCAGACAAUUAUGAGCCUGAGAUCAUGAAGGAAGAUUAUAACCCCUUCACAAGAAGACUUCCCAGAGUCAAGAAGAGGAGUGCUUCGAAAGGAAUCGACUCAGAAGAAAAGCAGGUUUCGACUAAGAUGAAAUCUGAAGGCCUUUUUGAUAGCUGGGUAAAAUCAAGGCAGAAGACAUCAAGACCUUCCAAGAAGCAUAAGAGCAAGCAUAGGGUUCUUCUGGAUUCUAUUAGGAAGGCAAUCAAGUCUCCUCAUAAGAAGGAAUCUUCAGAAGAUCUUGUAGACUAGUUAGAGAUUAGUAUAACAUUAGAAAUAAAACUCCCUAAAAUUU